UAAACGGACCUUGAAGCGGGUUCGCCUUCUUGACAUGUCCUAUUAGUAAAAGUGAAGCGAGGAGAUGUCGGAACCACUAAGCCUAGGAUUCCGACUCGUAGUCAAGUUAGUACGUAGACUUUUCCCGAAUGUCCCACGGAUGACCACUGACCAACUCAAUGAAAUCAUGAGGCGCACGAGUAGUCAUGGAGAAGCAGAAACGCCUGGUGAAAACCUUGUUCUGUUGAACGGUUGGGAAUUUGUCCCUAAUACCAACAUUACAUCGGCUCAUCUAAAUACAAAAGGACUUCACUUGAUCAAGUCAGGCACCCAGGAUGUUCGUGAGGAGUUCGAGCGUGACGUCAGUCGUAUCGCUGGUUCUAUCCACGUACCUCCUGACACAGUGCGCAUGUCGAACGUUCUGACACAUGUCAAUCAAGGAGAGUCGUCGAAAGUCGUAUGCUAUUGUGCAGUGGGUUACAGAGCUAGCAUCAUGGCCGAUCGGAUUCUCACGGAGCUCGACAAACCUGAUCACAAAGAACUUCGCCAAUUGACGCGAGUGUACAUUCUAGAGGGGUCAAUCUUUAAGUGGGGUAACGAACUGAAGCCUUUGAUAGACGCCCAUGGGAGUAAGACGGUACACGUGCACGGCGUAGCUGCAGCCUGGAAGCUACUGUUAUGGCCUGAAUUACGGGGUUGAUCGUUACCAGUCAACAAAGAGGAUUUUCACGACAAAGACUUCUUGAAAUUGUACAAUAAACGUAUAAAAGAAGUAAA